GGCGCGCGGGCUCCUGGGUUCUGUAGUUUCUCGGGAUCCAAAAGGCUCCGUGCCCAAGUGAGUCCUUACCGCCCCGCUACCCAGUGGCUUCCCCUCCGCUAGUACGCAUGUCCACAGCCUCAGGGCCCGGGAGAGAGGGGGCGCGGAAGGAAGGAGGCGGGACGGUAUUACAAACAAAAAAAUACGGCCUUCUCGAGAAGUGACUGCGGAGAGCCCGCUCCUCCCAGAAGGCGGUGCAGCCUGCCCGGGCGAGCCACGCGGAGGGUUGUGGGGCGGAUAGCUCCCCUCCAGAUGGAGGCUCAUGAAGUAGGGUGGGCGGGGGACUCCAUAUCCCAGCGUGCCCCUCGGCGGGCCCUACCGGCCGCGACUCCGGGCUUGGCCCCGGCCCUAGCUCGUCGGCGGUGUACUGGGGCGCGUGGAGGCUGCAGUCACGGUGGCGCCCGCGGGGACGGAGGAGGGAAUGAGUGAAGAGGAGCAAGGCUCCGGCAUUACCACGGGCUGCGGGCUGCCUAGUAUAGAGCAAAUGCUGGCCGCCAACCCAGGCAAGACCCCGAUCAGCCUUCUGCAGGAGUAUGGGACCAGAAUAGGGAAGACGCCUGUGUACGACCUUCUCAAAGCCGAGGGCCAAGCCCACCAACCUAAUUUCACCUUCCGGGUCACCGUUGGCGACACCAGCUGCACUGGUCAGGGCCCCAGCAAGAAGGCAGCCAAGCACAAGGCAGCUGAGGUGGCCCUCAAACACCUCAAAGGGGGGAGCAUGCUGGAGCCGGCCCUGGAGGACAGCAGUUCUUUUUCUCCCCUAGACUCUUCACUGCCUGAGGACAUUCCGGUUUUUACUGCUGCAGCAGCUGCUACCCCAGUUCCAGCUGUUGUCCUAACCAGGAGUCCCCCCAUGGAACUGCAGCCCCCCGUCUCCCCUCAGCAGUCUGAGUGCAAUCCCGUUGGUGCUCUGCAGGAGCUGGUGGUGCAGAAAGGCUGGCGGUUGCCAGAGUACACAGUGACCCAGGAGUCUGGGCCAGCCCACCGCAAAGAAUUCACCAUGACCUGCCGAGUGGAGCGUUUCAUUGAGAUUGGGAGUGGCACUUCCAAAAAAUUGGCAAAGCGGAAUGCGGCGGCCAAAAUGCUGCUUCGAGUGCACACGGUGCCUCUGGAUGCCCGGGAUGGCAAUGAGGUGGAGCCUGAUGAUGACCACUUCUCCAUUGGUGUGGGCUCCCGCCUGGAUGGUCUUCGAAACCGGGGCCCAGGUUGCACCUGGGAUUCUCUACGAAAUUCAGUGGGAGAGAAGAUCCUGUCCCUCCGCAGUUGCUCCCUGGGCUCCCUGGGUGCCCUGGGUCCUGCCUGCUGCCGUGUCCUCAGUGAGCUCUCUGAGGAGCAGGCCUUCCAUGUCAGCUACCUGGAUAUUGAGGAACUGAGCCUGAGUGGACUCUGCCAGUGCCUGGUGGAACUGUCCACCCAGCCGGCCACUGUGUGUCAUGGCUCUGCAACCACCAGGGAGGCAGCCCGUGGUGAGGCUGCCCGCCGUGCCCUGCAGUACCUCAAGAUCAUGGCAGGCAGCAAGUGAAGCCCCAGCUAGACUCAUGGAUGUGCACCCUUUGCUCCGGGCUCUUUCUGCUUCUGGGCUCAUGUAUCUGCGCAGCUGUGGUACCCUCUGUGGGUACCAUCUCUACCUCUGACACAGACUGCCUGCCUUGAGGCUGAGAAGGCACAGGGCAAGGAGCCAAGGACCACAGGGCCUCAGCCAGCCCAGGAUUUGUCCUCAUUUUAUUGUUGAUGAUGAAUGGGAAUGAAAUCGGGGCUGUCUACUAGAGCCUGGAAUAAAUAUGCUGCUUUGUAGAUUUUUAA